UUUGUUGUACACCCUGGAGCACAAGAAGUGAGAACAAUUAUUGCAUCAUUGCUGUGAACUGUGAAUUAUUUAGAAAAUAAAUCUUGUGAACAGUUUUUUUAUUAUCUAUAAACAGUAUUUGUUUUCCUGUAACUUGGAAAGAACAGAAGAGCACUCGACAUGACUCCAAAUCUACAAACGUUUAUCAACAGCUUUCAAAAUCGUUUAGAACCACCGGUUCGGCAACAUCUCAAAAAUGUCUAUGCCACCCUCAUGAUGACAUGCGGAGCGGCAUCUGCUGGUGUGUAUGUUGACAUGUACACAAGGUUUCAGGCAGGCCUGCUUUCCACAAUCAUUGGGGCUGGUCUGAUGUUAAUGCUGAUAGCCACUCCCGACAAUGGAAAAAACACAGGCCUUCGUCUUGGAUACUUACUAGGCUUCGGUCUAACAUCAGGCAUGGGUUUGGGUCCUCUCAUGGAGUAUGUUAGCAUUAUUGAUCCAUCUAUCAUUGUAACGGCCAUCCUGGGAACUACACUGGUGUUUGUCUGCUUCUCCAUUGCGGCCAUGCUGGCUGAGAGGGGAUCUUGGCUGUUCCUUGGUGGAACCCUGAUGACAUUGUUCACAUCAAUGUCGCUGAUGACACUCGUCAACAUCUUCAUGCAGUCACACUUCUUAUACCAGGCCCACCUCUACCUUGGACUUAUGCUGAUGUGCGGCUUUGUUCUCUUCGACACACAACUCAUCAUUGAGAAACGCAGGAUGGGCAGCAAGGACUUUGUUCAACAUGCUUUGGAAUUGUUCAUUGACUUCAUUGGAAUUUUCAGAAGACUGCUCAUCAUAUUAACACAGAAGGAGGAACAGAAUCGUCGCCGCAGGCGGGACUAAAUGUAUUUCAUUGUUAGGUAACUCAUUCCAAAGUAACUGUGCACUUUGCUCCUUGGGAUCUUUCAAUGCCAAUAUCACCAUUACUAUGCACAUUUGUUUUUGAGUAGAAUAAUUAUUGAUGUGUCACUGUUGAAUCAUUUUAUUUAAAGCAAUAUUUACAUUACUUUUUUGUCUACUAAAAUUUAAGACAUUUAUUUCUCAUAAGGAAUUAAUUUGGCGCAAGGUGCUCAGUUAUUUUAUUUGGAGUAGAUUUUUAGGUUGAGAAAGGAGAAAUUUUUAAUGUCAAUCUUCAUAUGCAUAAAGUGUUGGGAGUUUGUUUGGUUUUAGGCAGUUAUUUUGAGAGUAAUUAUUAAUGUAAUAUCUCUGUACAUUUACCUAAUAUGAACUAUCUAUUGUAUUCUUUUCAAUAAAUAAAUAUUAUUUUAUAAACGAU